AGUGAUAGAAUGGCAAUGACCUCCGGCAAUUUCUUUUGCUCAACUCAAGUUGAUAUCAUGAAUAGUGAGCUUCAAUUCUCUCUCUCUCUCUCUCGCUAAUAAUCUGUGAAAAUCACGUAUGUAGUGCUUUCACGGUAAGAAACAACCAAUAUUUAGUCGACAGAUUGAAAUGAUAUAAUGAUGGCAAUGACAUAUAUAUAGUCUUAGCUUGUAUUCAACUCUCAGCAUGUUUAGCUUUCUUUUCAGUAUUGUUAAACCAUUAAACCUCAUAUAUGCAUUUAGCCGAUUUCGAGGGGAAGAAAUCCCCAAGAGCACGAACUUACAAUGCAUCUAAUCUAUACAUGCUUUGCUUCCAAGGGAGAGCUUCAACAUUUCCCUAGCUUUCAGUACUUGUCUUGUGUGUAUAUAUAUAUAAGUUGAUGCUCUUAAUCAAAUUCACAUAGAAUCAUCAUUAAUUUCUUCAACAUGUACAUGUUCAAGGCAUUGAGUCUCAUUUUGCUCCUUCACCAUUCAACAUGUUUAGCACUCAUCUCUAGAUAUGACAUCUCUGAGUUAGAGGAUGAGGUUGGUGCAGGGAUUGAUGAAGAUUCAUGGAGCAUGGUGCAGAGGAAGGGGAACCAAUUCAUGUUGGAUGGGCAGCCAUUCUAUGUGAAUGGAUUCAACACAUACUGGCUGAUGAUUUUCGCGGUGGACGAGUCGACCCGACCAAAGGUGAGUGCUGUGUUCCAGCAGGCUUCAUCUGUGGGGCUUUCAGUGUGCAGGACUUGGGCUUUCAACGAUGGCGGGUGGCGAGCUCUUCAGAAAGCCCCUAACGUUUAUGACGAGCAAGUUUUCAAGGGCUUGGACUUUGUGGUGAGUGAAGCAAAGAAGUAUAAAGUAAGGCUGAUAUUAUCGUUGGUUAACAACUGGGAAGCCUAUGGAGGGAAAUCACAGUAUGUGAAAUGGGGAAAGGCUACUGGUCUCAACUUGACAUCUGAUGAUGAUUUCUACUCUCAUCCCACUCUCAGAAGCUACUACAAAUCCCAUGUUAAGACAGUUCUCAACAGAGUGAAUACCAUAACAAACAUAACAUACAAGGACGAUCCCACUAUCUUUGCUUGGGAACUCAUGAACGAGCCUCGUUGCGAAUCCGAUCCCUCCGGAGAUACGUUGCAGGAUUGGAUUGAAGAAAUGGCAGUGUAUGUGAAAAGCAUUGAUCCGAAGCAUCUGGUGGAGAUUGGAGCCGAAGGCUUCUACGGCGCCUCGACCCCGAAUAAGGUUCGGUACAACCCCAACACCUACGCUCAACAAGUUGGGACAGACUUCAUCCGCAACCAUCAAGUUCUCGGAGUGGAUUUUGCAUCGGUUCAUAUCUACCCAGAUUCUUGGAUCUCCCAAGCAAUCUCGGAUGCACACAUUGAGUUCGUGAAAUCAUGGACGCAAGCUCACAUCGAUGAUGCAGAGAAGUACCUGGGAAUGCCGGUGGUGUUUGCGGAGUUUGGAGUGUGUCGGAAGGAUCCAGGCUACAACGUAAGCUACCAUGAUGCGCUGGUGAGUUCGGUUUACCAGAGCGUGUUGAACUCGAGCAAGAGAGGCGGGGCGGGCGGCGGCAGCCUCGUGUGGCAGCUGUUUCCGGAAGGGACAGACUACAUGGAUGAUGGAUAUGCAUUAGUUCUAUCAAAGAAUCCUUCUCUCUCACAUCUUAUAUCGCUGCAGUCCACCAGGCUCAAUAUGUUCAACUCCUUGUGUUCAUGGAAAUGCAGGUGGACUUGCAAGAAGAGGCACGACGACUAUCAUGCAAUCGAAUGAAUCUAGCUCUCUUUCAUUCCACAUUUUUUCUCUGCUUCUUAACAUAUAUGAUAUGAUAUCUCUUAAAGGUGGAAAUGAAUCUCACAGAUGAUCAAUAUUCU